UCAAUGCCAAAAAGUCAGAUUGAAAAAGCUGUACUUACCCAAACAUCUUGUCAGGAAAGGUUCUCCACCAAGCCGGAAGAGAGAGAAAGAUUCUCCACCAAGCCGGAAGAGAGUGGAAGGUUCUCCACCAAAGCAGAAGAGGGUGGCGGAUAGAGGAGAGCCUGGGGGUUUAGGGAUAAUGGUCUCUAAGAACUCUGACUCAUCCAAGAAACUAAAACCUAAGGCAGAGAGUGACUUGACAUCCCAACAGAAGUUGACAAAGAUUCCGAAUGUGUUGAAAAAGAAUGAGAAAGGAAAGUUGUCAAAAAGUGAGUGUGAGUACGACUCGCCGCACCCCAAGCCAAAGCUGCCAAGGAUUCCGAAGCUUCCGAGGACUCCAGAGGUUUCAAAGGAUUGGCAUGAGAGAGAGAACAGGAAAGAGACAUCUCCCAGUGCUUCACCUGAAUCACAAACGCUGAACAAAUCUGCAAGAGUGGCACACAAGCCCAAACCUUUUAUCAAGCAUGCCAGGCCCAAUGGUUACAGCCCAGGUUGUCAUGCUUGCCAUAAUCCGGCCAGGAUAUCACCGCAACAUGGCAAGCAACCUUUUGGGGCAAAAGUCUCUGCAAGGCAGCAGGUGUUCUCAGAUUGGGAGAGCAGCUUUGUCCCGACUCCAACCCCCCAGACUCGCAGGCGAUCAGGGUGUCCUCCAGAGGAAGUGGAAGGUCAACAGGCCAGUCCCCGUUCCAGCUCGGAGACCAGGAUCAUCCGACCCAUUCUAAAACGUGUCGAUGCUCCACCAAAACCCAAGCGGAACAUCAGCUUUCCUUUGAAUCCGAGUAACGUGCACUACUUCAAGCCCUGUGAAUAUGAAAAUUACGUCAUGUUCAACAGGUCUUACACAGAUCCAGAAGAUGCACAGCGUUCUGAUCAUGAAGAGGAAGAUGUUCCUGUGAACUGCCAGAACACAAAGGAACAGCCCCCCGUUAUGGAAGAGAAGCGGCAAGAUAUAGGGGAGCUGAAGCCUAGACCACGCAGUUUAUGUGAAAAUCGCUUCAAAAGGAAGUGGGAAAUGCAGGAGCCUGCUGCCAUUUUGAUGAAGGAGAGCAUUGUUCAGGCAAAGCAUUGGACGAAGUCUCUCCAUCGUGAUCCUCCAAAAUAAUUCAGACACUCAGCAAAAAAAAAAUGGAGUUGGUUACAACAAGUCAGAGAAGCAGAAGAGGCCAAAUGAAAUUGAAGGUUCCUCUCUGAAUGCAAGCCCCCUUCACGGUCACCAUCCAGGUUCCUCUCUGAAUGCAAGCCCCCUUCACGGUCACCAUCCAACUGACUCUGAAUGCAAGCCCCCUUCACGGUAACCAUCCAACUGACUCUCUGAAUGCAAGUCCCCUUCACGGUAACCAUCCAACUGACUCUCUGAAUGCAAGUCCCCUUCACGGUAACCAUCCAACUGACUCUCUGAAUGCAAGUCCCCUUCACGGUAACCAUCCAACUGACUCUCUGAAUGCAAGUCCCCUUCACGGUAACCAUCCAACUGACUCUCUGAAUGUAAGCCCCCCUCGUGGUCACCAUUCAUCCUCCAGCCAGGGGAGAAGAGUUGAGCCAGCGGCCAGGCACCAUGGCUUUCCCGUGGACGAAAUGAACGAGCGUUGGUCAGGAGAUAGAUGCGAUUCGUAAGCCAAUCAGUCGGCCAUGACAGGAUACAGUAGUUGAUGCAACCUGCAAAGACAAUGACAUCGUGCCUAUGCUGUUUUUUAAAACUUGAAACACUACAGACAGUGCCUAUAUUUAGGCUACAUUAUGCAGUUUACUUUUCUACAUGUUUUAAAAUUAAUAAAUGUCUUAUUUCUCUCCCCAUAAUAGGCUCGGUUAUCUGCGGUUGAAACAGUCAGAAGUGUGUAUUAUAUACUAUGUACAUUGUUACUCUUGACACCUAACAUGCUGACCAAACCGCCCGCUUGCGUGGGUACGCCAUCCCGUGCAAGUUGAUUUUGUUCACCCACACCUGAUGCGAUCAGGACACGCAGGUUGCAAUAUCAAAACAAACUUUGAUUAGAUUAAUUUGUGGACGGUCAAAAAGCAUUAAAUAUUUAUGGCAAUUUAGAUAGCUAGCUUGCUUUUGCUAGCUAAUUUGUCCUGGUAUAUAAACAUUGGGUUGUUACUUUACCUGAAAUGAACAGUUCUUCUACUCUGACAAUUAAUCCACAGAUAAAACGGUAAACCGAAUUCGUUUCUCGUCAUCUCUCCUUCAGGCUUCUUUUUCUUUGGACUUUAUAUGGUGGUUGGCAACCAACUUUACAGCAUCACUACAACCGACCAGAGUGUGGAUAUAAGUUAAUCUUUCAAUCACCCAGGUGGGUAUAUGCUCUUAAAAACCAAUGAGGAGAUGGGAGAGGCCGGACUUGCAGCACGUUGAGUGUCGCAAAUAGAACCAAUUUUCGCGCUCGCUGACGCACAAUGAUUGAAUAACAUGUAUGUUUACAUUUAUUUUGCAACGCUCGCGCAUGCAAAGAAAGCGGUGUGGUCAGCAUGUGAUUGGGUGAUUGGUGUUUGGUUAUUCGUAUUCCUAUAGUAUUAUUUGCCUGCAUUGUUAGGGCAUCAUCCUAAUGAUGGUAUUGGAAAUGGUAUUUUGUUUGUUUACAGCCAGAACCAAAGCUAAAGGGGAGAAACCAGACGAGUUUCUGUUGUCCCAUACACAAAACAUGUCAAUUGUAACAGGUGUUUUUUAACACUGGUGAUAAAUGUAUCAUAGAUGUCUGACAUCAAAUGAUAUUUGUAUUGUUAUGGCACUGAACUAAUAUAAAUAUAGAACAUAUGUUGUUACCUAUCCUCUCAGGCUACCCAGCAUCCAAUGAAGAUCAUUGUAGUAUUAUUUACCCCCACCACCAGGCGAAGACCACAUUUGAGACACAGUUACACCACCAGAGGGAAGCAAAGUACAAUGUUCCUUUCAUUUCAGUCACUUGCUUGUGCAAGGCUUCUCAGUUCUCCUAUGUGUUGAGACUUGAGAGACUCACAUAGGCGAAUGGAUCAGAACAGAUAACAGAGGGGAAUCUUCAGUCAUAUUUUCAGUUUCUACACAACACUUAUUGUAUAUUUAUUGGAGAAAGCCAAACAGAAACUGCUGCCUACAAGGACAAGAGUGGUGGAGGCCUGUUGAGAAUGUACACUACCGGUCAAAAGUUUUAGAAAAACCUUUGAAUAAUUUGGUUUUCUUGAAUUUGACUAUU